AUGGCUCCUUCAGCAACUCAAUAUGUUGCUCUCCCCCGAGACCCAGACGAGCUAGAAAAUUUGUUUAAUCAUAGGCUCUCGCAGCUUCCCAAAAUCCCGAUUGACCUCUCCCAGCAAAAUCUCACCAUAUUCGAGAUCCUUGCUGCCGAGCCAAGGGCAACCAAUUUCCUACGGCAUCUAGCAUCUCAUCAGCAUCUGGCAGAUACCCUCAAAAGCACUACAGAUGGCGAAUACACCGCAUUCGUUGCCGUAGAUGACGGAUGGACGGGAGAGGAUCACGGACGCUCAGCAACAGAGACAAUGUUCUCACUCCACAUUACUCCUCACUAUUACGACACAGACAGUCUACCAAGCUGGACAAAUGUGCCGACGAUUCUCAGAACAGCUUCCUCUCAUAGAGCAGUGCUAAAUAUCACGUUUGACUCUUCAGCACUGCGGGUCAACGGCUCACGAAUCAUCAAGGCAAACAUCCGGGCAAAAAAUGGCAUGGUGCAUCUCAUCGAGAAGCCCUGCCUUGCACUGCCCGAUCUUCGGUCUGUUUUGAAGAGUGGCGCCGAUCUCUCGUACAUGGCUCAAGUAAUCGCGCUAGCAGGCGAUAUUAUUUCAAAAGAAGAGGCGCAAACCAUACUUGCACCGUCUGAUGACGCCUUCCGGACUCUUGGCGAGGAUGUCCUGACAUUCCUGUUCCACUCCGAUGAGGGCCCUCCAUAUCUAAAUGCCCUUCUCAAGCUGCAUAUCCUUCCAAAGGUCACUGUACUCAGCAACUUAAUUUUCCCAAAGAACGAUACAGGCCAUCGAAUUGCUUCGUCGGAUGUCCUGAAACCGAUCAAGGGAACAGUUCAAUCCGCUUUCGAUACAUUGCUCAAGGCCAAAGACGGGAAAUAUAUACCCAUGGACCUCACUUUCUACAGAUACUCGGGGUUGGUCGCAAUGAAAGUCGGAGAGGCAGCUACAGUUGUAGUGCCAGAUGCUUCAGCCAGUAAUGGAUCUUUGCAUGUCAUUGACACGGUUUUGUUGCCUCAGCGGAUCUCGUCAGAGACGGGGGUCAAGGCGCUUUCUGUUGAUGAAUUAAAAGCCGUGCUUUGCGAUUACGUGUAG